AAAAUUACUCAAUAAUCAAAUCAUGUCCGUCAAACGAUUUUCAUAAUUUUCAUAAAAAAAUCCAAAAAAAAAUUUGCAAAAUGCCAAACACAAGACGAAGAAAAUUUUCAGUUCAAAAUGAAGUGGCACGAAAAAACUUAUCCAAGGGAGGUACAAACACAAAUAGCAAUUCAUCUUCAAAUUCAUCACUGAAAUAUAAUAAAACAACAAACAAAGGUCUUCAAAACCGCUCAGUAGCAAUAGAACCGAUGGCGGUCGUGUUAGAAUGUGAUAACUGUUCGACCUCUUCACUAUUAGUAAGAAAAGAGAACAAAGUUGACCCCGUUGACUCAAGUACCAUCAAACUCAAUAGCCUAAGCACUUCUACAUACAACGUAUCAGUAGAAUCAAAGCACCCUACACCACAGUUGACGCCAGCGCCAUCUAAACAGGAGACAACAAAUAGAAGCCGAAGGGAGCCGACACGUCAGCCACGAGCAAGAGUCCGUAGUCCCAAAUAUAGCUUGGUUGUCUUUGAUACACCAAAUACAGAAAUAUAUAACUCAGUUGACUUAAUUCCUACCAAAUCCCAGACUGCCAUAGACUCUGCGUCCUUAGAAUCGUCGCAACCUACACCGGAAUUGUCUCCACACUCAUCUAAACGAGAGACAACGGAUAGAGGUCGUCGGGAGCAACGUCAUCCACAUCGAGCAAAAGUUCGCAGUCCAAACCAUAGCUUAUAUGUCUUUAACACCCCUAGUAUAGAAAUUCACAAACUAGUAGAUAUUGGGACAAGUGUAGACGUUGGUAUAGAUUCAUGUAUGGAGACAGUGGGGACACACGUGAUUGACUGGGCGCAAGAAACACGAGAUUGGGCCCAAGAAAUCCAAGUUUAUACAGUGAACACGGCGGAAAUAGAGAUUUUAGAGUUGGAACAGCAGAGCGAUCAUUCGUUGGAUGAUAUGUGUAGAAUCUGUCACAGUGGGGAUUGUUUAUCUCCGGAGCUUGGGAGGCUGGUGUCAGCCUGUAAUUGCCGGGGCACGGUGGGACGCGUCCACGUGCGGUGUCUAGAGCGAUGGCUGACUGAGUCCGGCAAGUCGCGCUGCGAGCUCUGUGGGACACGGUACCAUACGCGCCGCGUUCACCGCUAUGGAGUGCUUAAAGCGCUCGUCAUGUGGUUCUUGAGCCAGAACGCUAAACAGCUCAUGGUGGACAGUCUCGGCAUAAUGCUGAUGUCCCCGCUCGCAGUGCUGGCCGCGUGGCUGUCCGGCCGCACCCUGGCUGGUCUGAUGACGCAGGAGAGCCAAGUCACGCCCUGGCCGCUGGCGUCCACGUUCGUGCUCGCCUGCAUGACUUUGGUCUGUUAUUACUGCUGGAUCGUUUCGGCUGCGACACGGCAUGCCCUCGGCUGGUGGAUCUGGUAUCGUUCGCAGUACGAAGUCCGCCUAGAGUUGCAAGAUGAAGAAUGAUAUAGGCAUUAUAGGCGUAUCAUUCAUGUGGCGUAUGUAUUUAUAAAAUUUACUUAAUUACUGUGAAAGGACUUAGGUAUUUAAAAUAUAUUGUGGUCUCGGUCUAACCCUAAAGCUAAGAAUAAGAUCUUAUAACUACAGAAUUUACCUUUGUCCUAAAGGUAAAUAUUUAAGGCUUAUUGUGAGUAUCGUUUUGCCCCCUGUACAUCUAUUUCUCGUGCUUGUUUUUUUAAGUCAUUGGAACAUUGAAAAGUUUAACAUGAUUUGAUCAGAUACGGCAUAACUCACAGUAUUGUACCAGUAUGCAAGUACAGUAAACAUGCUCUGCAGUAUCAAAACAUCAAACCAUGUAAAGAAUUUUAAUGUUAUUAUCAUGUUAUUUUUUAACCCUUUACCAGGCUGACAGUUCAAAAUGACAAUCGAAUGUCAGUCUUAUUGAUCGAAAAUAGAACUCAUGUUUGAAGUGCCGUAUGUGGGAAAUAUAUAUCCCUUAGCCUGGUAAAGGGUUAAACACGUACGAGUCCUGUUUAAUAUGUGUAAUCUGCGUGCAACCUAAACUAGCAAUAAACAGUUUG